AUGUCAUCCUACACCAAGUUCUUUAAAGAAAUUCUAUCAAAGAAGAAAAGGUUGGAAGACUAUGAGACUGUUCCUCUUACAGAGGAAUGCAGCGCCAUACUGCAAAAUAAACUACCACCAAAGCUGAAGGAUCCAGGAAGCUUCUCCACACCUUGUCUUAUUGGCAACAUAACUAUAGACAAGGCACUCUGUGACCUAGGUGCAAGUGUAAGUCUGAUGCCUCUAUCAAUAUGUCAAAAGCCGGAGGUAGGAAAACUCAAACCCAUAACAAUUUCACUGCAACUGGCUCAUCGAUCUGUAAAGUACCCUGUGGGCAUCCUAGAGAACAUCCCUAUCAAGGUGGGAAAGUUUUUCAUCCCAGUUGAUUUUGUUGUUUUGGAAAUAGAGGAAGAUGCCCAAAUUCCUAUCAUCCUGGGAAGACCUUUCUUGGCUAUCACCAGAGCCAUCAAAGAUGUUAAGAAUGGGCAGUUAACUCUCAAGGUAGGAGACGAAGAAGUGGAAUUCAACCUGCUCAGAACAAUGAAGCACAAACUUGAACCUGAUGAGUGCUUAAAGGUUGACACAGUUGACAAGAUAGCUGAAGAGGAAUUUCAGCUAGCUAUUCCAAAAUCAGAGACAUAA